CUCUCAAAUGUGGAUAGCUGUCAGGUUACCAUGCAAGCUGAUAGAGCAUAGGCUGGCUCAUUUGCCUUUCCGGGAGUAAUACAUGUCAUUAGACACGCCAAUCUAACUGCAUUUAUUUCCCUGCUGUGUUUAGUCAAGUUUGGGACCUCGCUAAGCCUUUUUUUCGAAUAAAUUUGCUCACUUAUUGUCAGCUAGUGUGCGGCAGUUAGCUAACCGACGACCGUGUCGUUAAAAAGCUAAACGCUCCUUGUUUGUUGGGCUAAAAUAAGGUGGCGCUGCUCACAAUCAGUUUCUGUGACAUCAACACUGAACUUUGAGAAUGAAUGUCGCUAAAACUGGUUACCGUGUGUUUUCCGCAAACUCCUCCGCUGCCUGCACAGAGUUGGCUAAGAAGAUAACAGAGCGGUUGGGGGUUGAACUGGGGAAGUCUGUAGUCUUUCAAGAAUCUAACGGAGAGACAAGAGUGGAUGUGAAAGAAUCUGUUCGUGGGCAGACCAUUUUCAUUAUCCAAACCAUACCAAGAGAUGUCAACACAGCCAUCAUGGAGCUCCUUAUUAUGGCUUAUGCUCUUAAGACUUCCUGUGCAAAGAACAUUAUUGGAGUUAUUCCUUACUUCCCCUACAGCAAGCAAUGCAAAAUGAGGAAGAGAGGCUCCAUAGUGUGCAAACUCUUAGCUUCAAUGUUGGCUAAAGCAGGAUUGACGCACAUCAUCACCAUGGACCUGCAUCAGAAGGAGAUCCAGGGCUUUUUCAGCUUUCCAGUGGAUAAUCUGCGUGCCUCCCCAUUCCUGAUUCAGUACAUUCAAGAGGAGAUUCCUGAUUACAGAAAUGCCAUCAUUGUGGCAAAGUCUCCUGCUGCAGCUAAAAGGGCUCAGUCCUACGCAGAACGUCUCCGACUGGGUCUGGCUGUGAUCCACGGUGAGGCCCAGUGUGCAGAGUCGGACAUGGCCGAUGGAAGACACUCCCCACCAUGUGUGCGCAACACCACAGGGCACACAGGACUGGAGCUACCCUCAGGCAAACAACAGGCUCCGUUCCCUGGCAUAGAACUUCCAAUAAUGAUGGCCAAGGAGAAACCUCCGAUUACUGUAGUUGGAGAUGUUGGUGGAAGAAUCGCCAUAAUAGUGGAUGAUAUAAUAGACGAUGUAGGAGACUUUGUUGCUGCUGCAGAAAUCUUGAAAGAGAGAGGGGCCUAUAAAAUCUACAUUAUGGCCACCCAUGGUUUACUUUCUGCAGAUGCUCCUCGUCUCAUAGAGGAAUCCGCCAUUGAUGUGGUGGUCGUGACAAACACGGUGCCCCACGAGGUGCAGAAGCUACAGUGCCCAAAAAUCAAGACUGUGGACGUCAGCAUGAUAUUAGCCGAGGCGAUCCGCCGUAUCCACAACGGGGAGUCUAUGGCCUACUUAUUUCGCAAUAUCACAGUGGACGACUAAGUUGAGUGGGUAAUGGGCGUCUCUGCACCUAUGCUAACAAAACGCUGUUCCGUGUGUUGGCUUUGAAUGACAUGCAUAUAUGUAUCCUGAUUAAUUUAAAGAACUUCUCAAAAUUUACCAAAUAAUUUGUCUUCUUCCUGAAAGCUAAUAAAACGUGUAUUUUUUUGUUCCUUUUAUAAAAGCACUUGCUGGCUCAUUGAGAAAACAUUUGAUGUUAUUCCCGACAUAAAUCAAAGGAAGUAAUCGUCAGAAAUAGCUUAUUUACAUGUUUCUAAUUAAAAAGUGAGGGUUAUAACUAGAUCGCUGGCUGCCGUUUCUAGCAGCUGUUCAAAAACAUUGUGUGUGAAUAAAUUUCACGGGAGAAGUUAUUACAAGAUGCGGCUGUCCUACAGGUAGUGAAACUGAAGACAGAAUGUGUCUGGCUGUUUAACCAAUGAGCUGGGAGUGUCACUUUUAACCUGUUUCAGCCCUGGAAGCCUCCUGCUCUGAGUAAAUCCAAGUCAGUGCCAAAUAUGAGAAGCCACACAGUGAAAAGUUGAAUGCAUUUAAGAGACGGAUGCUGCUGCUGGUUUCAGUGUGGUGCUUCAGCAUACCGUAGUUUAUUGUGUUGGCCCUGCCACAGAUCAAUGUUUGCACACAGAUUAAACCGGAUUUGGAGAAAAGACAAAAAGGGAGGUUGUGUUUACUUCGAUCUAAGAAAUACAUGGUUUCACAUAAAUCAGAAAUAUCUAUAUUUAUAAUUGUAAAAUUAUGGUGUAUAGUUUUUUUUGUUUCCUUCCAACUUAAAAAAAAUACUAAUUCCAGUUAUUUUUUUGUCAUACAGUACAAAAGUUCAUAUUUUCAUAUAGAGAGUAAUCUGCAGAAAAUAGCUGAUCAUCUGCCUGCUUAUGAAGUUAACAAAGCAUGUUGCUUUUCCUAAGAAAAGCAAAAGAAGAAACUCCGUUAUUGUAAGGACUGCUUUAUUCAGCUUUUUUGUCUUAUUGUAAGGGACGUUUGAUAAAUAUUACAUCAAGAAAUUUGCAGAAAUCCAUUAAAUUGUAUUUAUUGCCUGGUCCACUAAACUAAACAGCAGUACUAAAUUAGAUUACUUAAAAUUGUCACCCAUUUCCCCCAGCAUUAGUUCAUUCUGGUAUUACCUCUACUGAGGUUUAUGGUGAACUGGCAGAAAUGUGAACAUGGGCCCUAUGAUCCAUUUUAUUUCUACUUAUAAUCAUUUUUACCCUCCACUUUUUCCUGUCUUAAGUUUUACUGAAUUUUAGAAAACAAUGAUUCUUAGGAUAAACAAAAGGGAAUUUCAUAGGCCUCUUGGUGAUGCUGGAGAGUGGCUUUACUUCACCUACGUUUUUCUCAGGGAAAUACACUUUAGAUGCCAAUGCACAUUUAUUUGCUCCUCCUGAGUUUUUCAGGGUGUUUACCCGCUGCACCUGUUUAAAUAGAAAAAAAAAAGCAUUUGGUGAAAAUGUCUUCCAUGCAAAAGUGAUGUUUGACUUUACAUCUUUUAACCAGCAGUUUUUUUUGGUUUAAAAAAAAAAAGCUGGAUUAUUUUUUCCUUGAAAUAUUAAUAGAACAUUUGAGAGUGUUAACAAGCCAGUGUUGUGUUAGCAUGAACUUAAGAAGUGUGUGCAUCGAAUGACACUCCCGUUUAAGCUCUAACUGCAUCUGUGUUUAAUGCAUUUGGUAAUGUCUCGUCUGUAUUUACGGUUCCAGAUUCCCUCUCCGUAGCCCUCUGUCUGACUCUGUUAUUAAUUGUAUAUGCAAAUAAAAUAGUUGCCUCCUU